GUUAAACUUUGCUCCAUGUUUUGAAUUUAGAAUAUUUGAAAGUAUUGGCGCAGAAUGGAAUUAAUGAAAAUAUUUUUCUUAAUAACUUUGAUGUAAAUAAUUUGGAGAACGUAAUAAUAUACGUUGAUUUAUUUGAAUUUUUAAAUAAUAUCGAUACGUUUUCAUAACCGCUACAUUAAUGCGCGAAAAACAUGUUGUAAGUAAAGGCUGUGGGGCCGGCGAUGCGUUCUCCUCGUCGGGAGACUGCAGCUGCCGCUCUCACCACCGCUGGACCGUGGCGUCGGAGCGGGAGGUCGGGAGACUCGCGGAGCCUCGCGAACUGGACUGGAGGUCCAAGUCAGAGUGGAGCCUGGCUGAGCUGACCAAGAGCCAGCGCAGUGCUGAUGUGCAGCCGACCAACCGCGGCGGUGCUGAACCGUGCAGCACGCCUCUGCGCAGAUGCCAGCAGCACCGUGCUCCCACCAGGACGUCCACGUGCCAGGUGAACGGCCCUGACAUCAGCUUCACGCCGCGCCGCGCCAGCAGCCGUGCCAUGGACCAGACGCUCCCCAUCGUCUGUGAUGCCAGAAGGCGAGGGAUCGUGCCGCAGCCCAGCGGAGUCGCUGCGAAGAGCGGUCCGCCAGUCCAGCACAGUCUCCUGCCCAGCAAGGAUCCUGCCCGUGCUGGGUGCGGCGCGACCUUGAGCUGCAGGCAGGUCCUACCGUGGCUGUUCUUCGUACUCCUGUGUUCCACGGCAGCAGUUGCUCUGUGGUCGACGGCCACGCGGAGUCAGCCCGACGUCUCGCUGCAGCUGAGCCACAUGGAGGGAGUGGUCAGCGACCUGACGGCCAAGAACAAGGAACUCGCCAGCCAGUACUCUGCCCUGCAGAGGGCAAUGAGCUCGUUCCAGUUGCUCCAGAACAACAUCCACAACGUGUGUGCCCUGAGCAGUGUUCAAGACUUGAUGGUCAGCAAGGCGGUGGAGCGUCGGCUGGCAGUCUACGACGCAGACAAGAUAGGGCUGGCAGACUUUGCUCUGGAGUCGGCAGGGGGAGCUGUGGUAGAGACCCCGGACACAUUCACCUACUACUCGGACUCGUGGCUCGAGCUGUUUGGUUUGCCGCUGUUUCGCUACGGACCCUGCAGCAGCCCCCGGUGCAUUCUCCAGUGUGUGUCCCAGCCGAGCGUGCAGCCCGGCCACUGCUGGGCCUUCAGGGGCGCCCGCGGCAGCGUCAAGAUCCGCCUGGCCCGCCGGGUGCGAGUGACGGGCGUCACGCUGGACCACAUCCCGCCCAGCAUCGCGCUCUCCGGGGACGUCUCGUCCGCCCCCAAGAGCUUCCUGGUGGCGGCGCUGGUUCCCGGGCCGGGCAAGCGGCUGGCCGCGCAUGCGCUCGGCGUGUUCCAGUACAACAUCUCGGGCGAGCCGCGGCAGAGCUUCAGGAUCCAGAACGCAGAGUUUGCCGGGGCGACCAGAAUGGUGCAGCUGUCCGUGCUGGAGAACCACGGCCACCCCGCCUACACCUGCAUCUACCGCUUCCGCGUCCACGGCCAGGAGCCGGCCGCCUAGCCUGCCGGUCACAUUCCCAUUCCGAUUUAACUGGAUUCCCAACUCCUCACUGGAGCUGUGCCCAGUCGAGUGGGUGUUCACCAUGUCUGCUGAUAUUUGAUACGGCCAUAAUUUUUGGCAGAUGGCCGCUAAAACUUAAAACUAAAUAAAGUGGCUGCCACGCGACUACUCACUUUUCUAAAUUUUUGAAAUUGUGUUUUAAGAACUUUAGUAUGCAAUUAGUUGCAAAGAUACAAACAAGUGUUCAGCAUAAAAGUGGUGGAGAUGAAGCCUGGCCCAAAUAAGAGGCCAGUUUGAACAGUUUUCGCCCUGUGCCACGUGCAUCUCACCAUCUCUGCACGUCUGUCUGUCUGUGUACUCAUCAAACAUGAACUACUACCCUGCUCUGUUUAUUGUUAUACUUCUCAAGUGGUGCCUUGUUGACUCCUCGUGACCUUCUUUCUGCUACCAGCAUCACCACCUGUGUCCAUUAUGUCAACAUCUAACUGCUUGGUUUCAAUGCUUUAGAAUGAUCAAGAAUGUGGAAAUUUUUAUGUGACCCAUGACAAUGUGAAUAUUUUUUUUUAUAAUUUUAAAUCCUAGGAAACAACUGUUCAUGAAAUGUAAAAAUGAUUAAAUUGCUUUGCAACUCGUGAA